CGUGUUGUUUCUUUCCAAAACACCGGCGUUCAUAAUGAACGCUGUGUGCAAAGCUCAUGUUCAAACGCUGAGCUAUUCACGUAAGUUGGUCGCCACACGAAUGAAACGUGAACCAACCAGGUGCGAGAGACUCUCCAGCUUUUUCUCUAACGAAGCAGUAUUGUUGCCGUCUAGUCGACAAACUUUCUUGUCCAGAUUAAUUGUUCCAAGUCCCGGCCUUAUUCGACAAAUUCAUGUACUAACUGAUGGCGAUAUACGUGAUAUUUCCUCCAACGAGAUACGAAGAAUAACAAAGUCUAGUUUUGCUGGCUUCCAAGAAGGCUACACUUGUGUGGCAGUCAACUGCCCAUCGUGCAAUCAUGCAUCACCAUUCACCACCAUCAAAGAUGCCAACAACGACCUUGGCAAGCUGUACAUCAACCUGAGAACUGGCUACGCUUUCUGCACACGAUGCUUUCUUUCUGGACCUUGGUCCAGUUUGUCAAAGUACAUCCAAGCCCUGGAUGUGUUUCAGCUAAAAUCUGAGAAGGCGAAAUCAAGUCCACCUAGCAUUGCCCAACACCUGUCACAGUACACUUGUACAACCAGUACGACAGAAGCAAAUGAGAUGAAAGGACUGUGGAAUUUAGCACAGCCAAUCCACUCUCUGUCAGAAGAGACAUUGGGUCCAUUUCUCGACAAAUUAAGUCUCGGGGAUCUGUCAGUGGAGACACUGAAAAAAGUGGGUGCCAAAGUCAAUGUGGAUCUCGAACAGCUCAUUCUCCCAUGCUUAACGUCCAAAGACGCCGAAUUCCGCAGCGUCAAGAUACUCACUCCUAAUCAUAAUGCAUCGGAAGCGGUCGAAAGCGAUGCCAGUAAGGAAAUCGAAGAUUAUCAUCCCAUAAUUGAGAAGAAUUUACCCAAGCAACACCCGUGGUUGUUGGGCUAUCACCUAGCCAAAGGAAGAGAUGAGGUUAUUCUUACCGCCACAGCCGCUGAUACGCUAACCGCUUUGGACUGUUUGGCCGUCCCGGUCGUUUGCCUUCCUUCUGGCAUCUCCAAUCUACCGCUAGCAACCAUGGCAUUCCUGGAAUCCUUCCGGAAAAUCACACUAUGGCUUGGGCAUGGAGUCCAAGGAACCGAUUGUGCCCGUGCCUUUGCCCGGAAGCUGGGCGAAAAACGUUGUCACCUGAUCAGGUCCUCGGAAGAAACACCAUCGGCUCUCCAGUGUCGAAUGAAAGGGAAAAAUGUGGCCCAAGUUCUGAAAGCGGCCUUGCCCAUGACGCACAAAUCGGUGACGACCUUCUCCAGUUUAAGGAAAGAAGUUUACGAAGAGAUCACGCAGAGCAGCAAAGUGUCGGGCGUCCGUUGGCGUCGCUUCCCCAUCUUGACGGAUCUGCUCAAGGGCCACCGUCGUGGCGAAUUGACGGUGUUCACUGGGCCUACAGGCGCUGGCAAAACCACGUUCCUCAGCGAGUACUCGCUAGAUCUCUGCGGUCAAGACGUGCGGACCCUGUGGGGCAGUUUCGAGAUCCGCAACGUCCGGCUGGCCAAAAUGAUGCUGCAACAGUUUUCGGGUCUGUUGCUGGAGAGCGAAACCCGCGAGACGUUCGACAUCGUGGCCGACAAAUUUGAGAAAUUGCCCAUGUAUUACCUGGCCUUCCACGGCCAGCAGAAUGUCACGUCCGUCUUGGAGGCCAUGUCUCACGCCGUUUACGUCUACGACAUUUCGCACGUCGUCAUCGACAAUCUCCAGUUUAUGAUGGGGACGUCGAACGAGAAUUCGUCGAUGGAUCGAUACCACAGGCAGGAUCAGAUCAUCGGCUCAUUCCGCCGCUUCGCCACCGACAAUAACGUCCACGUCACUCUAGUCAUCCACCCGAGAAAGGAAGCGAUGGAAGAAUUGUCUACCAGUUCCAUCUUCGGCGGAGCUAAAGCCUCCCAGGAGGCGGACAACAUAUUGAUAUUGCAGGAUAAGCGGACGAACGAUCCCAACCAUCGCCGUAAAUAUCUCGAGGUAUCGAAGAAUCGAUACGCAGGUGAUUUGGGAGUGAUGCCGUUAGAAUUCCACAAAGAGUCGCUGAGUUUCGCCCCCCGUAAGAAAAAUGCCAACGCCGGAUCGCCCAGAAAAACAGCAGCCACCUUUCCAUCCUUUCAAGCUGGACGAGCAGAAUAGUAUACCUUUUUCUUUUAUUAUUAUUAUGAUUACGUCAAAUGAUGUUAGUUGUGUACAGCAUAGAAAUCAUCCCGUAUUUUUCUAUUUUGUUGAAUUAAAAUUUCGAAA